GAUUGAGAAGGAUUAUAAUUUUAUUUAAAGUACCAUAGGAACAAGAAGAUGACCAAAUUUGGGUCAAGGCAGUGAGAAAUAUGAUGAACUGUGAUAUAUUGAUUGUGACAUAGGUGAGAAAUGAAUGAUGUAAUUGAUACCAAGAUGUAGGUUCUACUUAUAGUAUAUAAUAGAACCUAGAGUGCUCAAUCUAGAGUGCUAGUCCCUUCAUCUUUGCUCUGUCACCUUUGCUCAAGUUCAUAUUUUCACAAGUUGCACAUUUGAAUGGAUUAUGGUUUACUUGUAAUUAUCCUUAAAAAUAGAUUUCUUCAAGGAGAGGAUCUUUCUGGUAUACUUCCACCAGCUCUAGUGAAGCUACCAUACCUGAAGCUAAUUUCUCUCUCACGCAACUACCUCAGUGGUAAUAUACCACGGGAAUGGGCUUCUAUGCAGUUGGAACAUAUGUCUUUCACUGUGAACAACUUAUCAGGACCAAUUCCAAGCUUCUUGGGAAACAUAACCACUCUUCAAUAUUUGUCCAUCGAGAACAAUCUGUUUUCUGGAACUAUUCCACCUGAGCUUGGAAAUUUAGUUAACUUGGAGAUUCUGUCAGUAUUUCUUUCUCGUCUUUUAUUUGAAUUUCAUAUCACAUUUGAUGAGACACUUCUAAGACAGCUGCCCACGGCUCUCACCCGCCUAAACAAAUUAAGAGAAUUUAGGAUUAGUAGUAACUAUUUCACAAGAAAGAUACCAGAUUUUUUUCAAAGUUGGACGCAACUUGAAACAUUAGAGAUCGAAGGUAGCGGUCUCAAAGGACCAAUCCCUUCUAGCAUGUCCGUCUUGAAAAAUCUAAUUGAACUAAGGAUUAGUGACUUGGAAGGAGAAGGUUCACUUUUUCCACCCUUAAUGAACAUGACAAAGAUGAUGCAAUUGACAUUGAGCAGCUGUAACAUCUCUGGAGAGAUCCCUUCAUAUAUAUCAAAGAUGACAAAUCUUAGAAUACUGGAUCUCAGUUUCAACAGAUUGAAAAAAGAAAUUCAAGAAUUGGAAAGUCCAGUAAAUUUGAUGAACAUGUAUCUAACAAGCAACUUGCUUACUGGAGUUAUUCCAAACUGGAUGAGGAAUUGUGAAAGGAACAUAGAUCUUUCUUACAAUAAUCUUACUUGGAGCUCUGAAGACACUUGUACAGGAACAAAGCUGAAUUUGUUUAAAAGUUUUAAUGGACAGAAAAACUCUGUAUGCCCAGAAGACGACCGAUGCCCUAAAGAUAAUAUACAUUUACACAUCUCUUUGAAUAUAAUUAUAAGGAAAAUGCUUCAAUUUUGUUGGAUUUUCUUCUCGAUAAUUUCAAUGGAGGAAAAAUGCUUAGCAAAUGGAAAAUAUACUGUGAGACUUCACUUUGCGGAAAUAGUAUUUAGAGGCAACAAAUCUUUUUACAGUCUUGGAAGACGGAUAUUUGAUGUUUAUAUUCAGGAAGCAAAAGGGGUUGAUAGAGCAGUCAUUAUAAACAUUAAAGCAGUUCCAGUUACUAAUAAAAGUAUAGACAUUCGCUUUCAUUGGGCUGGGAAAGGGACAACAGCUGCUCCAAGAAAAGGAACAUAUGGUCCUCUUAUUUCUGCCAUCUCUGUGGAGUUUAGUAAGCAUUCUUCGGCGGAAAGGCUUUUUGGGAGGCAAGAUUUCAAGAGUAAAAGAGAUGAAUCGGACGUCAAGAGUCUUGGAGGCGACUUUGUCACGAACAAAGUGAAAGUCGAUUUCAAUGUGCUUGGUGCGGGCAUGAAAGGCAGGGUUGGCAGUGAGGUAUGUGGCGCCAAUGUUAUCACACCAAAGGGUGGGAGGUGUGGGAAGAAAAAUGCCAAGUUCGCGGAGCAUGGAUUGGAGCCAUAUGAGCUCGGCAGCGGUGGUUGCGAGAGUACGAUAUUCGGAUUCGGUGCUGGAUCGAGCAACAGCAACUAUAUUCAUUGUGGAGGUGGGAGGAAUGAGAGUCCAGGUGCCAUUGUGGAGGAGGGCAUCAAACUCAAUGUUCAUAGCAUCACACCAGGUGGGGUGCUUGGCCGCUUGGGAGUAGCAGGCAUGGGAGAUGCGGAGGCUGGAGAGGUGACAGGAACCUGCAAAGAGUCAGAAGAAGAACUAGUGUUAGUAAGGGCAGGCCGGGCAAAUAGGAGGCUGCUUAUUUUUGGUAACUGGAAGUUGAAAUCUAGUGACGACAUGACGAACAAUGCGAUCAGCAGGGUGGCCGAGGCGAGCGUGCCAAUCCACGAAGUGGGUACCAUUGCCCACUUGGAUUUCAUCGGGUCCAUCAUACGCUUCCGAGUGGAGAUUCAAAUUGUUGAGGUCGGAAGUGACAUGGUGAGUGGCACCGGUGUCCGGAUACCAGUUGAGAUCCCGGGUUUGGGCCUGAGCAGCAGUGUGGGCCGAGGGCCUGGGCCUAAAAGAGAGGGGGCCCAUGUGAAGAUGAGGAAUUGUGAGAGGAAGGCGGAAUAUUUCCAUGCCCCCUUGUUCUGUAUUGCCCAAAUGAGUUUGGGGCAGAACGGUGCUGCCCAUAUGGCCGAGCAGAUCGUCCAUGGUGAGAGGUUCAAUCCGGGUAGUCAAGGACGUGACGAGGGGGUCGUAUUCGGGACCCAGUCCGGCAAGGAGCGACGUGGUGAAUUCAUAAUCGCUGAGUUUGUGACCGGCGGCAGCAAGGGUGGCGGCGGUUUGCUUGAGCCGUUGAAAAUAUGCUGUGAUGGAGGAAUUGCCCUUCUUUGCAGUAGCAAUUUCGUAGUGAAGCGUCAUGAUUCUGUCAAACUUCUCAAUCUCGUUCUUUGGACAGAAUUGAAAAACUUGGAUCUGCAAACUGGUUUCUUUACCUUCAAACAUAUCAGGGCUGCCACUAACAACUUUGAUGUUGCACAUAAGAUUGGGCAAGGUGGUUUUGGAUCCGUCUACAAGGGUAUACUGGUAGAUGGUACUAUAAUUGCCGUUAAGCAACUUUCUUCAGAAUCAAAUCAAGGAAAUCGUGAAUUUGUGAAUGAAAUGGGCACAAUAUCUGCUUUACAGCACCCAAAUCUUGUUAGAUUGUAUGGAUGUUGUAUUGAAAAAAAUCAACUAUUUUUGGUGUAUGAAUACAUGGAAAACAAUAGCCUGGCGCGUGCUUUGUUUGGUCCAGAGGAGUACCGCUUAAAAUUGGACUGGCCUACGAGGCAAAAAAUAUGUGUUGGCAUAGCAAGAGGUUUGACUUUCUUGCAUGAGGAAUCAACAUUAAGAAUUGUUCAUAGAGACAUUAAAACUUCAAAUGUGCUACUCGAUAGGGACCUUAACCCAAAGAUUUCUGACUUUGGCUUGGCCAAGCUCCAUGAAGAGGAAAACACCCACAUCAGCACCAGAAUUGCUGGAACAAUGAGGGGGAUAUGGUGAUGGUGUUUCUAUGCAAGGAAGAUUUCCAAUUGGAACUUAUAGCAAGCUCAAGCCAAGGAAAUAUGGG